GUUUUGUAGCGAUCGUUGCGGAAAAACUGCGUCGGAAAAUCAUAAUAUUGCGUGAAAAAAUAGUAUUGAUUGUAUCCGAUAUUGUGUAGUUCAUAGUGCAGUGUUUACUUCCUCAGCCUAACAAAUUCCUUGGCACUACAAGGCUGCGGCAAUAUUGAAUAAACAUGUUGAAUUCAUUUUUUCGAGGUCUCCUCGGGACUGAGGAGUCUCCUACAAAAGUCCUUGAAGUGCGAUCUGAUAACUACAUUUCGAGGCCUGUUCUGUACAGAAAAGAUUCUAUGAUAUUGUAUGCACCGAAAAUUCCGCCAGAUACCAAGAAUACUAAGGACAGAUUCUUCGAAAUCAUCCUACAUAAGCCAUUUACUGAGAGCUUGCAUACUAUGUACAGUUUGUUCCGAUCUGAGAAUAAAGAAAUAGCAGAAGAGAGGUUUAUUGUUUACAAAGAAAGGAUACCAGUAUACAUCACUGUGACUAAGGAAUGUACAGUGGCAGGUCUACAAAAACUCUGUGACACAUUGUCAGAGCACCAAUCAUGGACAAUAGCCCAUCUGGUGGCCCACAUCGGGCCACACGAGCUGUUUAAUGACCCUGAGGUACAGAAGCAUAUGGAUGACACAGACCCAGCUAAUGGAGCUACUCCUUUGAUGGUGGCAGUGAAGUCAUGCAACCUGCGCAUGGUACAAAGCUUGGUGUCGCUGAACUGUUCUUUAGACGUGGUCGACCUGGACGGCAAUACGGUGUUCCACUACGCGGCUGCUAGCAACAAGGAGAUUAUCAACGUGCUAGCCGGCAAAACAGCAGCAUCUCUGAAUGUGUUCAACAAGCAGGGUUACACGCCUCUUCACAUGGCGUGCCUGGCCAAUGCUCCAGACUGCGUACGCGCAUUAUUGAUGGCCGGCGCUGACGUCAAUCUUACAGCUGCGCAGCGGUCGGCCACUAGUAUACCAGGUAUCGUAGGCGAUCUGCUGCAAGACAACCAGCCAAAGCUCCACCAGCAAGAUAUGAAGCAUGGAGGCACGCCUCUCCACUGGGCCACAUCCAGGGAGGUCAUUGAACCUUUGGUCGACAAGAACUGUGACAUUAACGCUGUAAACUUCGAUGGCCGAACUGCCUUACACAUCAUGGCGCUGCGCGGAAGACUCGAUUGCGUCACAGCACUACUGUCUCGAGGCGCGGAACAUUCAAUAGGAGACAAGGAAGGAAAUACACCCCUACAUAUAGCUGUGAAACAAACGAAUAUACCAAUAGUACAAGCGCUGACUGUUUUCGGCGCGAAUUUGGAAGCCAAAAAUAAGGAGGGGCACACGCCAAGGCAUAGCGUGCCCAUUGAAAUGUCGAAUAGCAACUAUGACAAGAUCUUGUAUGUUCUUCACGCUGUUGGUGCCCAAAGAUGCCCUGGCGACAUGUACGGCUGCCGACCGGGUUGUUCUGCCCGAGGGGAGUACAACGGAGUGCCCCCUCCCCCCGUUGCCCGCGCGGCUGCCCGAAAAGUCAUAAAUGAUAUGUUGGCUGUGGCAGGCAUAGAGAAGGCGUCGGGAUUUGACGAGGAUAAGAAGUGUGGACGACUCCUCUGCCUAGACGGCGGUGGCAUCCGCGGUCUGGUCUUAGUUCAAGUGCUGUUAACCCUUGAAGAGUCGGUCGGGAGGCCCAUCGUAGAUUGUUUUGACUGGAUAGCGGGGACCAGUACGGGAGGAAUCCUGGCGUUGGCACUCGCCUGUGGGAAGACCUUACGGGAGUGCCAGAGACUGUACUUUAGGCUCAAAGAGAUUGCCUUUGUAGGAAUGAGGCCCUACCCGUCGGAUCCUUUGGAGAAUAUACUGAAGGAUUGUUUAGGUACUGAAACCGUGAUGUCAGAUAUUAAACACCCGAAGCUCAUGAUCUUAGCUGUCCUGGCUGACAGGAAGCCAGUUGACUUGCACAUCUUUAGGAACUACCAAUCGGCGCAGGAAAUCCUUGACGCGUACAAUGGAACAAACAGUCCCAGGGCAGAAGCAGGCGACCAAGUGUCAGUGGUGUCAUUACCAGUCCCGCCGCCGCCGUCCGAGCAGUUAGUUUGGCAAGCGGCCAGGGCCUCGGGCGCCGCGCCCUCUUACUUCAGGGCUUCGGGCAGGUACCUAGACGGUGGUCUCAUGGGCAACAACCCUACGCUGGACGCUUUGACAGAGCUAACGGAGUUGAGACUGGCUCUGAACGGCGUCGGUCAGUACGAGGAGGCGCGUGCGACCAACCUCAAGGUUGUGGUCUCUUGUGGCACUGGUCUAAUACCUGUCACGAAGUUGAAGGACAUCGACGUGUUCAAACCAGAAAGUCUAUGGGACACGGCGAGGCUCGCGUGGGGUCUCUCGGCCAUCGGUGGAUUGUUGGUUGAUCAGGCAACGCAAUCCGACGGCCGCGUCGUAGAGCGAGCGCGCGCUUGGUGCAGUUCACUCGGGGCUCCAUACUUCCGCUUCUCGCCACACAUGUCUGCCGACCUGGCCAUGGACGAGCGGGCCGACGACAAGCUGGUCACUAUGCUGUGGGAGGCCCAGGCUUAUAUGCGCGAGCACCGGGACGAGGUGCGCGAGCUUACGGCGCUGCUACGAGGGUAGUCAGAUGAAUACAAACAACAGUAGGUCCACUGCACACAAUAAUCUUGAAAGACUUAUUAGCAGGUCUGUAGAAGAAUGUCUGUCUGCGUGUUUUUCUUAGGUGAGUCAGCAAUUUUCCUGUGAUUUUAGACUUAUGAGUUUCUAAGUUCGUGCUAUUUUUUACUUAUGAACUAUGUUACUAUGAGAUGUGAGACCUAUAUGAACGAAUUAUUUAUUUAAUAAAAAAACUAUUUGGUUGGCAAAAGUUAAUUCGAUUGUAAACGACAAUUAUUUUGUAUUUAAAAUAAUUUUAUUACGUUAUAUCAAUGUCUAUGAUACUUGAAUUUGUUUAUUUACUUUUUAUUAGUAAACACAAUGUAACUUUACAGGGUCGGUAUAAGUAUAUGAAAUGGGUAGAAUACCAAAAUCUGUGACCGUAGUGUGUUAUUUAAUUUUAGUACAUAAUAUCACUGCUCACCGUUUCAGGUUUUAUCCAUAAUUUGGGUAAAAUAAACAUUAGGAAUAAGUAGUAGUUUGCCUAAUUAAAGGAUAUUUGUAUCGGACUUGCAACGAAAUUUAUAACCUGCUACGUAAUUAUCUCGAUAUCAUUAUUAUCUAGGUACAUAAUCUAUCUAUAUUCGGCGGGUUUCUUGCCGUUUUUUUUUUUUGGAAAUGAUAAAGAGUUUUUUAAAGUUUAAAAAGGAAAAAUUCAGAAAAUUUAUUUUUAUUCGGCAUUAUUUCAUUAAUCACGACACUUUGAGAUUCGUUACUGAAGAAAUAAUAACCAAUCUUUUUAUUCAAUUAUCCGACUAAAACAAAAAAACACUGUAUACUGUACUGCCGAUUAAUAGCCGAAUAUUCGUUGCAAGCCGUUUUAUUUAUUUCAUAAAUGGUGUGAUAAUACCCACCCAGUAACAGAUUGCAUUUGAGAGUCGGGCAUCAAAAAUUGCUAGGGAUGUACAAUUUUUCGAUAACUCGAUAUUCUAUAUUGAAGUGAAAUAGUUAAAGAAAUGAUGAGAGACGAAAGCAAGUGCCUGAUUUUGAACCACUCGUUACGUAAUGUAGAUUAAAGGAGAUUAAUUUUGCUUGUUCAUAGAUAUAUCAAUGAAAUGUACCGAUAUUUAGUUAUGUAUGUAGUUAAAAUGUCAGAUUGUUGUUGCUUGCUUAUCUUGAUUGUUGUUGGUAUUUUAGUUAACAAGGGUGUAGUUUGUUAGCUGUUUUAGUGUAUAAAUAUUUAGCUGUAGUAUGUAAUGUUUUACCGAAUGUAAGUACAAACUGCAUGGAUAAAGAAUUUGAACAAAUGACAGACGUGGGUGCUCUUCUGUGUCGUUUGUUAGUCAGACGGGCAGACGCAAAUAUUAGGUUUAUAUCUCGGUGAUGAUUUAUUGAUAUGCAGUUAUCGCUCACUAUCGAUACAAACUAAACUAUAUUAUCGAUAACAUAAACUCAACAAUGAUAUAGACGAUCAUAAAACUCAAUACUGCUGAUGAUCAAUACCUGUGACUGAAAUCACACACCAUUAAAAUAUAUCGUUUGUGUAAACGUAUAGAUAAUUCAAUAUCAUAUCGAGAAACGAAAUUUUGCUACUUCCACAACACUAGAUGAAAGCUGUAUUAUGCUUUUGUAUGCAUUUCUACAAAUUAAAAUGAUUAUUUAAAAAUAAUAAUUAAACAAAUAUAGUAUAAUCGAAUUCAGUUAAAGAACUAGUAUUUUUUACUUAAAUUAUGAUGAAUAGCUGUAAUAAAAACAUUUAAACAUAAUUCUUUAUCUACGCGGAUUGUCCAUAAUAAACGACUUAAUGUUAAAGAUAGUCUGAAAAAAAUCACAAAUAUACUAAUAGCUUUCUUUGUUAAAACAUUUAUUAUUAAAAUAUUUGUACACGAACAAAAUUAUGUAAGAGAAAACGAAAAUUAUUCGAGUAUUAAGAAAAUGCCUUUGUUGUUUGUUAACCCGUAAAAUCUAUCUUAGAUUAUGACAACAGUCGUCUUGUUUAGAUUAUUUACCAUAGUUCUGCAGUUAAACCGCAAAUGAGACGAUUGUCCAUUGUUGCAUAGUAAAAUAUACCAAUUGCAUAUUACUAGUCAAAGUGGUUUUACUUUAAUUUAAAAAAUAUUACGUGUUUCCGUUUUAGUACCUGACUGUACUAUACUAUUUCUGUUUUAUGUAUAAAUUAUGUAGUCAUGUCGUUUCAUCAUAAUGAAGUUAUUUUUUUAAAGAUCAAUAAUUUUCUUAUAAUUAAUUGUUAUAAUUUAAAGUACACAUGAAUGCAAAAUAAUGUAUGAUUUCAAUUGUUAAAAAUUGUUGAAGUUCGUCAAUUUAAUAAAUUGAAGGAAAUUACCUAAUGUAAGAUUAUUUCAAAAGAAAUAUGUAUCAAGAAUUUAUUUAUGUUGUGUAAAAUUAAACUAAAAAAUCUAUAAGAAGAAAUGAAAUAUUUCAGAACUAUCAACAGCUUUGACAUUUCUAUGUCAAAAUGCCCUUCACGAUUUGUCGUCCUACAUGGUAUUGGUAUAUUUCCCUUAUAAUUUCCAUUAUAACAAGGAAAUCUCUUCCCAUAGCAUUUUUACCGUGUAAUCCAAAUAAACGAUAAUAUGAAA